AUGUUCGGUUGGUUUAUAAGGUAAAGGUUACUGUAGUUUUAAAGAGAAUGGUUUUAAAAUUUGGAUAAGAUCUUACAUUUACAUGACUUUUGAAUUGGAAAAAUUUGAAGGAAAUCUGAACAUUGCAAGUCGGGUACCUUCCUUGUUAUUAUACAAGGAAAGUACCUUACCUGCCCCGCUCAGAAUCAGCUCAAACUUUUUAUAUGAAUUUGUUGUACUACCAAUAGUACUUAUAAAAAGUUUUAGCUCGCGCUUUUGAGUUUUAAAUUUUAAAUAUUUAAAUUUCCCGCCAAUUUGGCAUUGCGUUUCAAGCCCUUUUUCGACCUUCCAGACCAGCUACGCUUACAAAUUAAAAAAUGUAGGUUCAUUUAAAGGUAUUAUACUAAUAUAUCAAAGAAAGACCAUUAAAAGUUAAAAAAUUACAAAAUUAUAAGCUUGCAACACAAUGCUAAUUUGACGGGAAAUUUAAAAAAUAAUUUUUUAAUCUCGCUUUCCUCGAGAUUUCCUGGUAAGCGCGAUGUAGUACUUUGCUGAAGAUCUUAUAUUUGCAAUGUCAUACUAUAUAAAAAGUUUAAAGUCAAGAGCGAGGCAGGUCGGUAUUUACCUUGUUAUUUUAUAAAUUUUUUUUGGAAAAUUUGAAAAAAAAUAGUAAAAUUUCAAAAUUUCAAAUUCUUCCAGGACUACUUGUUCCUCGAAUCCGAGUUAGCCGUUUCGUAUUCGCCGCAGAACAUUUACUGUUAUGCGAUCGAUGCAAAAGCGCCGAAGGUGUUUCACGCUCGGCUUCACGCGCUUUCGGCCUGUUUGCCGAAUGUCAUCGUGACACGAGUCGAGUAUCGGAUGGAUUCGGAAGGGCACAAUGGGACGCGUUCUAUGAUGGAAUGUCUUCGUAUGAUCACGAAACACAAUUGGAAGUAUGUUUUUGUACUACAAGUAAGAGGUUUGUGUGAUUGCAAGCGUGCUUUGUUUUACUAUACUACAUAUUAUACUAGUUCAUGUCUAAUAACUUAUUGCUAGUAAAACAGAAGUAGAACCCCUGUAUAACGAAUAGCUUGAAAUCCGUUAUACAAAAGUUCCACUCUAGUACAAGUAACACUAUAGUAAAUUAGACUUAUUAAAGCUAUGUUUCAGAAUCACGAUAUACAGAUCAAAACGAAUUCGGAGCUAAUUCGCAUUCUACAACUUUACAACGGUACCAACGAUGUUCAAGCGUACAGACAGAGUAUUAAGCGAAUACAGCCCGGUGUCAACUGGUCUUUUAAAGCUAUGAAUUUGUUCAAGAACGGUACGUACUAUCAUGCUUAAACAAUGUGAAUUCAGCUCGCAAUUAUACAAAGAAAGUGCCCGACCUGCCCCGCUCUGACUGACUUCAGACUUUUUAUAUUGAAAGAUCAUGUAAAUAUAAGAUCUUCAGCAAAGUACGAUUUAAAUCGCGCUUUCCAGUCAAUCUCGAAAAAACCAAGAUUAAAAAAUUAAAUUUUGAAUUUCCCGCCAAAUUGGCAUUGUGUGUUUCGUUCUUAUAACUCUGUCAUUUUUGACUUUUAAUCACUUUCUCAAUACGUAGGUCUUCAAAACAGUGAUUCUAGAGAUGAGGAACAAAAACAGGGCCCGGCCCAAUCUAAAUUUUGUUGCGGCCGGCCCGGUCCGAUUUUUUUACGUGCAAACGGGCUUGGCCCGGUCCGUUCCUCAUGUCUAAUGAUUCAUCUCAAACAGAUUACCUUAUCUAACUCUAACAGCAUACUGAGACGUACUGCCACACUUGACCCAUUCUAGCCCAUCGCAACACCCGACUUCACAACGGCCAGCCACCUGUCAUGCUGUUCGCCAAGUCGUUGCCUCAAGUGACAUUGUCGCGAAAAGCGGUCGAUUUCAUGUUAACAAACAUGAAUAUCGACCGUUUUGUCGACCGAAUUGAAUGGAAUGCGUUUGGCGUAGACGAGAACUUCAUCGGCAGUUUGAAUUCAAACGAUGCGGUGGGACUGCCUGGGGGUUUUACGCUGCAUUGCCUGCGGGGACAGGUGGAAAGCAACUACAUGACGCGACUGUCGAUUUGGAUGGACAGUGGGAAGUGUAAAAGUGGCAUGUACAGACACUACUUGUGUUUGUUUGGCAUGGAAGACAUCAAAGUGAGGUUUUAUUUGCGUUAUGUUGACUUUGACUUGUUUUUCAAAAUUUUAAAGAAAAGUUGACUUUUUACUCAGUAUGAUUUGAAACAAACAUCCCUACUGUCCACGCCAACUAAAGCGCUUCUAUACAAUGCCAUUCAAGACAAAUAACAACUACUUUUACAUGCCUUACAACUUGUUUUAGGCCAACAUCGAAGACCAACCCCACUUUUUCGCCAACAAAUUCAUGCCAUCGGUGGAUUUUGGAGCCAUCGACUGUUGGCAUCGCAUUUUAUACAAUCGAACGCAUUUUAACCGGGCCAACCGGCUGUCAAUGAGGGACUACAAGUUUGUGGACACGGUUAGGUUCAACUUUUUGAAAAAUAAUUACCCAAACUUUACUGCGCUCAAUUUUAAUUGCAAAAUUGAUAGGAAAAUGGUUGUUUAG